AUGAUACCGUCGGCUGAUCCUAGUAAUCCGCAGUACAGUAUGAUUCCUCAACUUACCACGCAAAUGUCUACCUUACAUCUCGGCACUGGUUCCUAUAUAGCGAGCCCACAUCCUUAUCCUUAUACGACUUACCCCGCCCCUAGCAUUAUUCACACCAUGCCACUGGGCGAGUCGGAGCAGACGAGUAAUGCAGCGUCCCCCGACGACUCCUAUCAGCAGUACCAGGCUCAACAGCCUAAGUAG